UUGUCUUGUGUCCUGAUAACUGGACUAACAUGGACAGUGGAAGCAAUGAAUGGCAUGAGUACGGCAUUUAUUACUCAAAGUUGUGAGAACUGCUCUAAUAUGGUAUCGCUAGUCGAUGAGUAUGACCUUCGUGGUCCACGGGCUUACAUCUCGGACGCAACCAUUACUGCAUUCAUGAUUGGGAACGGCUUUGGCGGUACAUUCGUCUCGAAAGCUGCAGAUCGGUAUGGUCGUCGUCCCGUUUUGAUCUCUUGCUUCAUAAUGUUGGCAUUGUUGGGGACGUUAGCGGCCUUUUCCCCGUCUGCAAUAGUUUUUGGAACUCUACGAUUUAUGCAGGGAAUCUUUUAUACACUCUGGUUGGUUGGGUGCUCGUAUGUCGAUUUUUCAGUUUACUUUGGAAUGGCAUGGGUUGCUGGUUACUGCCUUGUUACACCACUUGCUAUGCUUGCACCCAAUUGGCGAUGGCUGAUUUUCUUCGUUUCGGUUCCUCAGCUUUUCACAGCCACUCUCUGCUACUUGUUUGUUCCGGAAAGUCUGCACUUCUUGGCGAUCGAACGUCAUGAAAAGGUCGUGGGUGACUGGCUGAAGAGAGCUGGCCGAUGCCACGACAACGUUGCAGAUAUCGAUCCUAGUACUGUAGUCAGUACUAGACAAGAAGAAGUAUCCAACUUGUUCAGCGAGUUAUGGACACAUAAACGAUUUCUCCUCUACACGAUCGUACUUAUUUAUCUCUGGAAUUGUGAUACCUUCAUAUAUUUCGGACUUUCACUAUACAGUACACAUUUUGCGGGUAAUAUCUAUCUCAACUAUUUACUGGUAGGAUUAGUGGAAAUUCCAGCAUACAUUCUCUCCCCGAUGGCAAUGAACAGGUAUGGUAGAAGAGUGGUCGUUGCUCUCACUCAUUUACUGGCAGCUGCCACUUUUUUCGGACUUGUAUUCACUCCAGAAACCGCAUGGAUUCGUACAGCCUUGUGGGCACUGGGAAAAUUUGCAAUAUCAUGUUCUUUUAUGAGCAUAUACGUCUAUGCCAGCGAAAUAUUCCCAACAAACAUCAGAAAUCUAUCGAUAGGAUUCUGUGAGAUGAUGUCCAGAAUUGGUGGCAUUCUGGCUCCAUACGGACGUAUCUCGCCAAUACUACCGAUGUUGGUGCUGUCGUUGAUAUCAGUAAUUGGCGGUGUGAUUACGUUUUUUCUACCCGAAACACUCAAUCGACAAUUGCCAUCGACGAUACGUGAAUCAUCGGAACGACACUGA